AUGCCCCUUAUGAUCUGGACUGAUGACAUGACCACGUUCAAUGUUUAUGUGAAAACUUCUGACUAUCGACUGUGUGGGAUCGGUUGGUCACUUGGGAGAAAGAAGAUGAUUAGGUCAACGUGGGGUGAAAGAGACUGUGGUAUUGCCAUAAAGGAAAAAGGCGAUGUGUGGCUAGUACGGGUGGAAUUUGACCCACUGAAAGGACAAUUACCACAGACAUACUUUGUGGGAUGGAUCAAGCUUUUCGUUGCUGGAAUUGAGGAACGUGAAGUUAAAUUGAACCCUCCGGGGUACAAAGACGAGACUGUUAUAAAGAUGGAGGAAAAAGACCACAUGACUGUGGACCAAGGCAUGCGGGUGGACUUACCCGCCAGCCCAGACAAAACAGGACAGAGUGACGGAACUCUACACACAGAACGUGGGACUGAACUUGCUUCUAGAGAGUCACCGAUCCAGGAGAGACUGUUGAGGCCCUCAGAACUGGAGGAGGGGACACUAUCCAGAGGGUCACCGAUCCAGGAGAAACUGUUGAAGCCCUCGGAACUAGAGGACCGGACUGCGAUAAAGGUGUCGCCCAUCCAAAAGAGACUGAUGGACUCACCAGAACUGACUGACAAAACUGAUGCUGGAGCCCAAAUACAGCAGAAAAACCCUACCAACCUUGACAUAGCUUGCCUAGCGGACAAUCAGAAUGAUCAGGCAGACACUGACCUGACUGGACAGAGUAGGGCUGACCUAAUAGUCCCGGAUGGCCAAAACCGAAAUCCUGACGUACUGUUGACUGACGUACGGAGAGACAACUCAAUGGAGAAGCAUGACGGGGAUAGAAUGAAUUUAAAAACUGCAGAGAUCAGUGACGUGGUUAAGACUAACCUAAAUUGGACGGACUGGUUUCACAGGAUGGUGGCUGGGAUAGGACAGGCGGCUGGAGGUUUUGUUUUGAGAAUUGGUGCAGGGCUAGGCAACUGGUCCGGAAGAUGCGCCAGAGUGCAGGUGGUGCAGGAGCUCAUUGUUUUCCCACAGGGGGAGGAAACAAGUGAUAGUAAGAGGGUGAAGAGGGCGUUCCGACCAGACCCUGGAGUAGGAGGAGCUUUCACACAGGCAAUGGGGAAAAUCAAGGCUCUAAGGUUGGAGAUGAAGAAGAAUGCUGGAAGGGAUGCAGAGUUGGACUGGCUGAGCUGGCUACAGCAGACUUUAGGAUCAUGGAAACUGGGAGCAGUAGUGGUGCGAGGGGUAACAAGACAGAUGUUAGUGCUGAAUGCGGAGAGCAAGAGUAGUCGACCAGAGCAGUUCCCCAUCAAGGACUGGUUAGCGGAGGACGACUCGUUGGACGAUGAAAAGACCAUGGACUGUGACAGUAUACCUACUUUUUGA